AGAGGGACGGAAAUACUCUAUCGCUUGACAUUUUUACAGAUCAUUCUUCACAUAAAAAUAGAAAAUUAUAGAAGGGGUGCAUUUUCAAAAAAAACAAACAAAACAAAACAAAACAAAAAAAGAAAAAAAAGUCAGUAAUUUGCCAUUUACGAAAUAAAUCAUUGCUUGAAGCUUGUAGGUAGCGUCGUAAACUGAGAUAUGCGUUUUUACAGUUUCACUGUCGGUAUACGUCCAGCUCUAUUUUCACGUCACGUGGUUAUCAGCUCAAUUCAUACAAAUAGAUCAAGGUUCUGAUAAGCAGAGCAGCUGAUCUGUGUCAAUUGUGAAGGCUUUAAUUCUCUACAAGUGCCCGAUCGAUUUCAAAAACCAACAUAAAAACCUAGCAGUCUGCGAGAAAUCCGUCAACAAAAAGCCAGGAGUAUAAUUUUACACAUAAUGCCCGUAAUCGUGAGUUUGUAAUGACUUAACGCGUUGAAUCUCCGCAACUUAUACUAAUAAUAUGUGUUACUUCUGUUACUUUUGGUUAGUGAAAAACAAACAAUCGAAAAUUUUAUGUUGAUUUUGGUACGGUUUGUGUUGAAUUUAGCGCAGUAAACAAUGGAGACACUCGAAAAAUGCAUUCCUCCAAUUGCGACGUUGGUAUUCACUCGUAUUUUAUUUUAUUUCUUCAUGAAAACCAGCUGAUCUUUGCUCUUGAAAUUGUGAACCGAAGGCUAAGGUUAUUUUGUGUUUUACUUCCCGUAUUAACCGAACUUUUGGGUUGAAAUUUCUACCCGAGAGGUACAAAAGCAGGACUGCUCUUCGGGAGAUUGCCGCCCUUAAAGAGCCAAAAGGAUGAUUUUGCAAUUGCUGCUUCUUGUUAUACUUCUUUCAGAAGCUUCAAAUGCCGAUGGAGAGCCCCCUGGAUCUGCUAUCUUUAAAGACUUCGCUCAGACACGCGCUUUCAUAGACAAAUCCCUACUAAUCAAGUACAUCCUAGAUGGCCGUAGGCACAUUUACAUCGAGGCCCCUCCUGGUUUCGGCAAAACCACUAACCUUCAAUUGGUUCAGGAUUUCUUCACCAUGGAGAUCGACUCCUAUGGAUACGCCAUCAAUGCGGGAAAGCUCUUGAAAAAACCGACAAAAUCUUUCAGGAAGUUCUGAAGAAGUAUAGAGAGCGUCACGGAAACACCUCCACAGAACGCACAGCUUCCGAAAGCGACACCGAAGGCGCAUCUGCCCACGAGAACGUUACGAAACCUAUCAAUUCUAUCGGAGAUCACCUGAAGAACUACGUGACCUUUUCGAAACCGCGCUUGAAAAUACUGGAGGAUUGGCCGGAGCUUUUCGAGUCCCAGUUUGCUCGGUAUCCUGUUCUCAUGGUAGACUUCGGAGUUCUUUCUACAGAUUCUUUUCAGGAUUACGAAAGCUCUUUUACAAAAAUGGUUUCGCGGCUCUUCGAACAAUGGA